CGGUAUAGAUGCUAGGUUUAGUCAUCACCAAGGUUGCAACGCCACAGGACUGUUUUUCUCUGCUAGGAUUCGUAUCAUUUCAAGUUACAGACUCAUUGAAUUUUAGCAGUGCAUUUGUUUGUUCAGUGGCUGUUACAGGGCUGACGUGAAGGAUGGUCCAGCUUGGUCAAAGAGGUGGCCAGGGAAGCCUUGUCUUAGCCCUUGUCGUUCUCGGCUUGCUUAUGAUGCGGUCUGCCGCUGAUUCUCAGAUUCACCAGGAAGGUUACUGCGUUAUGUACGGAAAAUGUACAAAUUCGUACAACUGCGCGAACAACAUCCUCGCACCUCCGGUCAGUGAGGGCAAUCAUGCGACCCUCCUGGCUCAAGUCUGUCCGCACCUCGCUGGCAGCACGGAAGCCUGUUGCGACGUGGAACAGCUCGAUGCGCUGAACGUCUACCUGGCAAAGAGCCUCGGUGUCUUGAAUCGCUGCCCCUCCUGCGAGGCUAAUCUCCGCCGUUACCAAUGCGAGCUGGCCUGCGGCCGCGAUCAGAGCGUGUUCGUCGAGGUGGUGGACACGGUCGAGGUGGUUCCCGGUGGAGGCCAGCCGAAUAGCACAGCCGUGGAGAAGGUCCGGUUUUACGCCACCCAGCAGUGGGCAGACGAUACGCUCAGGUCGUGUCGGUACGUGUUCUUCCCAUCUGCCAACCGGCCGGUGAUUGACAUCAAUUGCAAUGGUUUCUCCGCCGAGCAGUGUGAGCCUGAAGUGUGGAUGGAUGCAAUGGGGAAUCCCGCUAACAAGAUCGCAUCGUUCACCACAGACGUGGUACUAACAGACAAGGUUGAUAUACCGGGUAUGAAACCCUUAAAUCCAACAGCGCUCUCGUGUGCCGAGCCGGCAUCAGCAGACGGGUCUGCGUGCAGCUGUCAGGACUGUCCAGAUGCCUGCCCGGCCGGUAUCAAACCAACCAUCCCACCGACGCCUGAGCCAUUCACCGUAGCCAACAUAGAUGGCAUCAUGUUCAUCGUUAUCGUCUCGUUCUGCGGCUUCACUGUCAUAUUCCUGGCCGGCUUACUCCUGUACCACUGUAGGAGGUCACCCUCGGCGGACCCUGAGGGAGAGGGCAGUGACAAAUCGGAGAGGAAAACGCCACAGAUUACUAACGAUGACGUCAGCUGCUUCGAACGCAUCGGUAAGAUCUACGACGACGCCUUGCGUCAAUUCUUUACCAAACUCGGCACCUUCGUUGCCACCUAUCCAGUCUCCAUCCUGGUGAUAGCAAUCGCUAUAGGCGUUCCUCUAAGCAUUGGCUUCGUUUUCUCUGACAUCACUACGGAUCCCGUAGAACUCUGGUCUGGCCCACAAAGCCGAGCCCGCACGGAGAAGGUAUAUUACGAGAAGACCUUCGUACCGUUCCAACGCACUGAGCAACUCAUCAUCACAGCAAAUCCAGCCAAAUACAGUAAAACACAAUACAAGCCCUAUAACUCCAACGAGACACUAACCUUUGGCUCGGUCUUGAACAUAGAGGUUCUCGAGAAGAUUUUGGAUGUUCAGAAACAUCUGCAAAACAUGAAAGUCAAUCGGACUUUAGAUAAUGGUGGAGUUGAGGAGAUGUCCCUAGCCGAUAUUUGUUGGGUGCCGGUAACCAUAUUCCCUCCUCCCAUGACGUGUGCCAUCACUAGCCCUCUUCAGUGGUUUCAAAGCAAUUACGACACACUGCAGGAAACAGCCAUGUCGGAUGAUGGCCAGCCGCAGGAUUGGCGGGAUCAUUUCUUAUAUUGCGUGCGGAAUCCACUGGCUUUAUCUGACGGUACAAACCUCAACAUUCCACUGGGAUGUAUCUCAGAGUUUCUGGGUCCUAGCUACCCCUUUGUCGUACUCGGAGGUUACGAAACGACUGAAGAAGGAGAGCCAUUGUAUCACACUGCCGAGGCUGUUAUGGUUACGUAUGCCGUCAACAACUACCGCGACGACGGCGAAGAUCUGCAGUUCAAGAGGUCAGUGAAAUGGGAGGAGGAAGCAAUGAAGUACAUCGAAGAAUACAUGGCUGAAAAUGACGACCUCAUCAUUCGGUAUAUGAUGGAGCGUUCUAUCGAGGAUGCCCUGAUUGAAAGCAGUCAGGCAGAUAUAGUGACCAUCAUCAUCAGUUACCUGGUCAUCUUUGCUUACAUCGCUGUUGCUCUUGGUGAAUUCAGCACAUUCAAACGUAUCUUUAUUGAUUCCAAGAUCACGUUGGGUCUAGGAGGAAUCUUUGUGAUUUUGCUGUCUGUGGUAAUGUCCCUGGGUAUCUAUGGUUAUCUCGGCAUAGCAACCACUCUAAUCAUCAUCGAGGUGGUGCCCUUCUUACUUCUUGCUGUCGGCGCCGACAACAUCUUCAUUCUGGUGCUGGAAUACCAGCGUGACAUCAGACGACCCAAGGAGACCAGAGAGCAGCAGAUAGGUCGUGUCCUGGGCAAAGUUGCUCCUGGAAUGCUCAUGUGUGGACUCUCAGAGUCUAUCUCCUUCUUCCUUGGUGCACUGACUGACGUUCCUGCCGUCCAGACUUUUGCUCUGUAUGCCGGCUUGGCUGUUCUGAUCGACUUCCUUCUUCAAAUCACAGCAUUUGUGGCUCUCCUCUCUCUUGAUCUGAGGAGACAAGAGAGUGGUCGUAUGGACAUCCUCUGUUGUUUCCCUCCUUGCAGCAAGAGCCGCAUCGUCAGGCAUCCAGGCUUCAUUCAGGUUUUCUUCAAGAAGUUCUACUGUCACUUUCUGCUCAACAAGUUUGUGAAGCCAAUUGUGUUUUUAGGAUUUAUAGCCGCCUUUCUGACUUGUGGACUACUAACAUUAAAGCUACCAGUUGGUUUAGAGCAGGAAAUACCUGUCCCAGAUAACCACUACCUCCUAGACUACUUUGAUUAUGUUGAGAAGUACCUCUCCGUUGGCCCACCAAUGUAUUUUUUAUCGUUAUUGCUUUCUCUCCUCCAGAACCACUACCUCCUAGACUACUUUGAUUAUGUUGAGAAGUACCUCUCCGUUGGCCCACCAAUGUAUUUUGUUAUCAAGCAUGACAAACUCGACAUGACAAGGGCUGAGGAUCAGAAUCUAAUAUGUGGCAGCUCUGGGUGUGAUCCUAAAUCGCUGGCACAACAAGUCUUCUAUGCAGCCCAGAUUAAAGAAUACACAAAAAUCAGUACUCCUCCGACAUCAUGGAUUGACGAUUACUUCGACUGGUUGAAUCCAAGCACAGUGGACACCUCCUGCUGCAAGUUGUAUUCAAAGCAUCCACAAGACUUCUGCGACUUCUCCUUCUUUGAGCCGUGUGAGAUGUGUCUACCACUCGACCAGAAAGGAAUUCGACCGACUGGCAAAACUUUCCAAACCUUACUACCAUUCUUCAUUGAUCACAAUCCAGGAGUGAACUGUCCUAAGGGAGGACGAUCAGCCUAUCAUGAUGCCUUGCACUUUACUGAUGAAGCUAAAACCAUUCUUGACGCCAGUUACUUCUUUGCCUUCCACACUGUCCUGACACGGUCGGAACAAUUCACAGCGGCGGUCAAGGAGUCAAGGGUGGUAGCUGAGCAAAUCAAGAUGGACUUGAAGAUGAAGAGGCCCGACCUCAGUGACAACUUUGACGUCUUCAGCUACAGCUUCUUUUAUGUCUACUAUGAGCAGUACAUUGAUCUUGUGGAUAAAGCCAUCGUCAACAUCUGCAUAGCGAUGGUCCCCAUCUUUGUCGUCAGUUUCUUUGCCCUCGGCUUUGAUGUCAUCUCUGCAUUCUUCAUUCUCAUUAACAUCAUCAUGAUCAUCGUUGACACUCUUGGAGUCAUGUACCUGUGGGGUGUGGACUUCAACGCUAUAUCUCUGGUCAACCUGACAAUGGCUAUCGGCAUGUCGGUGGAAUUUGUAUCUCACACAACACGAACAUUCCGCAUGUCUACAAAACCGACCAGGAACGAGCGAGCCAAGUACGCUCUCUACCACACAGGAAGUGCCGUCCUGAGUGGGGUAGCCAUGACCAAUCUACCAGGUACCAUUGUUCUGGUCUUUGCCACCUCUCAACUCUUUGACAUCUUCUACUUCCGCAUGUUCCUCACUAUCACGUUGCUCGGCACGGCCCACGGAAUCAUCUUCCUCCCGGUUCUCCUGAGCUACUUUGGUCCACCAGUGAACAAGGCCCAGCUGCUGUAUGAACAGGAUGAAGAGCGCAAAAAGCUCCUGGUUAGGCCCACCAAGCAAGAAGAGGCUGGUGAGACUAACAUGUAUGACAACACUGCACUGAGCAGCGAUGAACUGAACGACCAGCCCCCUCCGUACAUGUACACCGUCCCCCACGAUGAGGUGGGGGUCCAGACCAGUCCAGGUCUGAAGAGAAAGAUGACCAAGGAGGACAAGGAAGGCAGAGUUACGGAUGAUGGUCCAGUUGAUCAAGCUACUGAUUUGUGAAUUAAGUUUCUACCAAAGUGUAAAAUGGACAUGCAAACCAAAUGUUGUGAUUCGUAGCAUAGAUACUUUCUUUUGUUUGAAUGGAAAAAUGACCAAUGAAGACAGUUGGAAGUAACGAGGCAAGAAAAUGCAAACGGGAGAACUGACUCUGUCAUGAAAGCUUUUGGCUGGAGAUGACUAUGCUGCAUUUGAAUCUGUUAUCUAGACCUAGGUCUAGGUCUUCACUCCAUAGGAAAUGUGUGAAAAUGCGCAGACAAUAGACCUAACCGUAGCUCUGGAAGCCCGUUUUCGGACAUGGCCUUAAUAUGAAAAAAAAAAGCUAAAUGAUAAAUAACAGAGGCUGCAGGGCCUUUAGAAAUUUUUCACUUCUUCAACUUGCCUUACACGUAUACAUCCAAGUUGGAAGAAUCAUACAAACUUUUGCUAGUAAUUUACAGUAGAGAUAUAGGUUGUUUUCUAUGUACAUAUAUCUGGGCGUUUUCUCUGAGUAAAUAUCAUGUGUUAUGUUGUGUUUCUUUUGCACUAUUAGAUAGCAGUGGGGGAAAUUUUAACAUUAAAAAACUUUACAUUCAAAGCACAUGUUUAUGAUAUAUAUUAACAAGGAGUGUCUAGCAAAGUUUUCUUAUCAAUUCAAAACACUUCUAUGCAGCUGUGAAGAAUUUUUGUUCUCACUGGAACGAACAAGAGCUUGCCCAUGCUAGGUUUUGAAAAAAUAGUUUUGAAUGAUUCAAAAGUUAUGUUUCUGAAAUGAUCAUAGCAUGACAGUUGAAAGUUCUUGAUGUUUUCAUACAAUUUCACAACUUCAAGUCAUAAAGUUUUCUUUCAAGAGAACUUGUCCAAUACCUUCAGAAAACACUUUUCAAGCAGCACCACUCUUAUGUUUUUACUUUAUUAACACAGAUGCACAAGUAGUGGGUUAAAGUUUUGUCAUGGUGUACUUUUGUUUUUCAAGAAAUCCCAGUAGUGUUUGAAGAUAAAAUUCAAACAUUCCCUGCACUUUGACCCCUUAAUGUUUUAGUAGCUAAAAUAUUCAAAAGCUAUGCAUUAUCAAACUUGGUUGUGGACUAGCCUCUCAACUAAAGAGCUUUGUAAAUUCAGUCCCUCAUAACACAAAGGAAUUUUUAUGUUAACUUUGGAAAUCUGGCCAGAAGCAACUGAUUAAUUUCAUUUUUUAUUCAUAACAGGAUAUGUUUAUAGGAAAAAUAGUAACAACUACAUUUGACUUUACAUUCUAUCAAAAUUAUGCAUUUAAUUAUGGAAAGAUGAUGCAAUGAGUAAAGUGAUUAAUAUCUUUCAAUGACUGAAAAUCUUCUAAGAUAAAUUGUUUUCAAUAUUAUUUACCUACAAUAUCACAAUCCUUGUGGACUCUGUGUUCUUAACGUCUGCUAUCAGGUAAAAGCAAGACAACCAAUAAACAACUUCCUCAAACAAUUUGCAAAAUAUCAA